CUCAAAGCGCGGUAAGAGCUCAAGCAUCCAGCUCCGUCAGUGCCCAAAGCGCCGUCAUUUGCAGGAGCACCACCAUUGUGGACUGCGACGACGGCCGCUCGCUCGCCUUGUGAGCAGAGGGCUGGUCACACGACAUGGUUCAAUGACCGACUGCCCUGGUCAACUUGAUCAGACCACAUCCACAUCCGUGAUUCUUCUUCAUUUGCCUCCGAGCGUUCCCUACUCAAAGGCACACCGACAGGAAGUCCGCUGAAGGACCGCGCUCGGAUUGGUCCGCUUCCAGCCACAGCCAUUACUCAGCAAUACACCCAACGCUGAAUACCAGCCACGGCCACGGGGAUCUGUGCUCCGGACAUGACGAGAGUCUUUGAACGAGCAGAUAUGCGCAAAGCACACAGCCUACCCAAAAUCGAGCAGGGCUCACGGCAUAUUCACGCUAUGAAAGCAAGCGACCUAGGGCUGAUCUCACGUGCCGGCCAGCAAAAGUCGCUGGAGCAAUGCUCAGACAGUCCCCCGCCAGCAAGCUAAGGCCCCCAGUUGGACUGAGUACUGCGUAACCUCAGCACAUUCGCAAUCAAGAAUGAUGAUCGCUGAGCCCGAUUGCGCGCUGUCCGAUGCAAGAAGAGCCCCGACCAAUCAUUCAGGAUUGAUUAUGACAGGUUCAAGCAGUGCUUUGGCCCGCUCGCUCCAAAAAGGCCCAGCUGCGCUCGAGGCGUGGAGGUGGCUUGCCUCGCACCUGUCAUGCGAGAUGUGCCUGCCUCAAUGAAGCUCUACAUGCGCCUCUCCGUGCCUCAUCCCACCCUGACGAACGUGGCAGGCAUUGUCCCGCCAUUUGCGGGAUUGCCACGACCUGCACAGGGUAUCGCCGUCCUGCGUCUUCUCAGCCGCUAUUCGGUGCCCAGCAGAGCUCCGAGCAGGUCGCUGCCGCACGCUUAAUCAGCCACUCCAGCCGUUGCGCUACAGCAUUCAAUUCUCAUCACGCGUACAGAGGUUCAGAAUCGGAACAAGUUGCAGCUGUCGCGCAAAAGCGGACGAUGUUCACGAUUGAUAUGAGACGAUUGAGAGCUUUGCAAUUGUUAUGCCCAACUGUCGGCAUGCAGUGAGCACUGCAUCAUCGUUGCGGGUUUCAAUUGAGACC